GAGGAGAAACCCAAGAAAUUCGUAUUCCACUGAACCAAGAAAUUCGUAUUCCUUUGAAAGCAACUGCCCUGCCACAAUCAUUUGAGCGAGGAAAAAAAACUCUCCCAAAACUGAUGGUCUCUCAAAGAUUACCCUAUCAGGUGCAAACCGCUGACAAGUUUCCACCCACCACCAACAAAAAACCUCACUGUGCCCAAAUCCUUAGCGGCAGAUACUUCAUUGACAGGCGUUACACCAUCAUCCGUGCUACAAGGACCCGUCGCAGCUCUGAAUAAGGUUUUAUACCAACACCGUUUGGAUACACGUCAACUUUCAACACAAGACGAGGCAUUAAUCGCGGCGUCUUUUUUGACAGGUUUGGUCGGUAUAUAGAAUUGUUCUUUGAGUCUAUUUACCGCAAACUCCGCUGAUUUAAGAUCAUAUAUGCAAGGUGUACGUUUAGAUGUCCCCUGCAGCUACGGGCGGAAUUGAGGUUUCUCUGAUCUUUGGAGCAGCACCCUUGGGAGGACAGAGGUGCGCUCAGUGGAACAAGGGGCAAAUUGAACCUUUCCGCGCUGCGCAAGUCUCCGCCGCGUACACCCUACAGAGGACCGUGGAUCGAGGGGAUUUGGGGAGGUGGAAACUUAUUUGUAGACUACACUUAUUCCACUGGAUCGAUCUUUUUGAACAAGGAAGCACCUAAUGUUGCUUACAGAGGCGCAGUUGUACUUCAUCUAUUUAUCAUCACACUGGGAUUCCAAAGCUCCUCCGGGAUUCUUUGUAUAAGAAGACUGGCGGGGCUUUCUUCGGCGUUUCUCGGGGCUUCAAACUGUGGAAACAGGUGUAUUCGAGCAAGUCAAGAUGUCUUUGCUACCUUCAAGGUUCAUCUACGUGUGUUUACAUUUUCUGGUCCUCUACUUCCAGCUGCAGGAAUCCCAGCAGACCGCGCCUGACUUCCGGAUCAUCAUCGAGAACCACACCAAGAACCCGGACGAGCUGAGCCGCAAGCAGACGCGCAGCUACCAGCUCUACAGUCGCACCACUGGCAAGCACGUGCAGAUCUUGGGCAAGAAGAUCAACGCCAAUGGAGACGACGGGAGCAAGUACGCCCUGCUUGUCGUUCAGACCGAGUCGUUCGGGAGCCGGAUUCGAAUACAGGGGAAGGAGAGUGGCUACUUCAUCUGCAUGAACAAGAAUGGGAAAAUUAUAGGAAAGCGCGAGGGGUCGAGCCAGGAGUGUGUCUUCGUGGAGGAGUUUCUGGAGAACAACUACACAGCGCUGGUCUCGGCCCAGUACAAAGGCUGGUACCUGGGCUUCAACCGCAAGGGCCGGCCCAAGAAGGGCUCUCGGACGGCACAGACGCAACAGGAAGUACAUUUCAUGAAACGCUCCCGCCAGGGCAAAGUGGACCCUCAAGAGGAGUUCCGUUUCACCACAGUAACCAAACGGACGCGAAGGGCAAGGCGCUUAAAACCCAACCCCAAGACGAACUGACACCAGUGAUAGUCAAGCAUGCACUGUUUCCAAGGAAAUCUGCUCUUGCCUUAAACGACUUAAAGACUAUUGUUAUAAAAAAAGAUGGAUAUGGGAAAAAACAAUUAAAAAAAAAAAAAUCAAAGAUGUUUUAUUUUUAUAUUUCAGGAGCAUUGAAUAUCUCCCAACUGUUGAAUGUUUCUGGAUUGUUGUAAUUGUUAUAAUGUGACUGCGUUGUUAUUUAUACUGGGCAAACUAAGGAGGACAACACAAAUCUAAAAUCUCCCGCUUCGACAAGUUUACAGCAGAAGGCCUCUUUUUGGGCUUUGGGAUGGAGAAGAGUGUCAAGCAUGAAAAUGUCACACAAAAUCAAAACAACCACAAAAAAACACCUGUUUGUUUAAUUUGUGUUUUUUCUGAGUCAACAAGGAUCCAACAUUUUCCACUGGAACUCGGACACUACAGAGGUGGAAUCGAAGACAGACUACAGUAGCUUGUGACCCACUCUCCUUAGGAAAAGGCACAGCUUUGAGUGCAAUAUUUUGAAGGCCCCCCCU